AUGUUCGAGCCGCUCCCCGGGGUUACUAUCCCGCCGCCCCUGACGGAGUUUAAAGCCAAUGAGACGGUUGUGUCGACCCUGCCGAAUGGGCUCCGGAUUGCUUCGGAGAACCUUCCUGGUCCCACGGCGACGGUGGGGCUGUACAUAGACGCGGGCAGCGUGCACGAGAGCGUGGAGAGCAGCGGCGCGUCGCACCUGCUGGAGCGCAUGGCGUUCAAAAGCACCGCCAACCGCACGCACUUCCGCCUCAUCCGUGAGAUCGAGGCGAUGGGGGCGAACGUGCAGUCGUCAGCAUCGCGGGAGCAGAUGGCGCUGACGGCGGACGCCGUGCGCACGUACGUGCCGGAGAUGGUGGAGCUGCUGGCUGACACCGUGCGCAACUCGCUCUUCCACGACUGGGAGGUCAAGGAGCAGGUGGACAAGGUGCGCAGUGAGCUAGCUCAGCUGCAGGCGACAAACCCGCAGGGCCUAAUGAUGGAGGCACUGCACUCCGCCGGCUACGCGGGCGCGCUGGGGCAGCCGCUGCUGGCGCACGAGUCAUCUCUCGCGCGGCUGACCGGGCAGGCGCUGUACGAGUUCGUGGCGGGCAACUACACGGCGCCGCGCAUGGUGGUGGCGGCGGCGGGCGUGCAGCACGAGGAGCUGGUGGACGUGGUGGCGCCGCUCUUCCAAGACAUGCCCGCCGUCAAGCCGCCCCCUGCGCCCGAGUCGCAGUAUGUGGGCGGCGACUGGCGCAUGGCGGCCGACUCCCCUGAGACGCAUGUGGCGCUGGGCUUUGAGUUUGCGGGCGGGUGGCGCAACGAGAAGGACGCGCUGGCAGUGGUGCUGCUGCAGACCCUCCUGGGGGGCGGCGGAUCCUUCUCUGCCGGUGGCCCGGGCAAGGGCAUGUACUCGCGCCUCUACACGCGGGUGCUGAACCAGUACGGCAUGGUGACGUCAUGCAGCGCGUUCAACUCCAUCUACAACGACACGGGGCUCAUCGGCAUCCACGCCACCGCCGCGUCGGGCCAUGCGGCAGAGCUGGUGGACAUCAUGACUCGCGAGCUGCUCGCCGUCGCCCAGCCCAAUGGAGUGUCGGCGGAGGAGCUGCAGCGCGCCAAGAACGCGUGCGUCUCAUCCAUCGAAAUGAACCUCGAGUCGCGGGUGGUGGUGGCGGAGGAUAUCGGCCGUCAGAUCCUCACCUAUGGCCACAGGAAGCCACCGCACGACUUCAUUGCGAAGCUGAGGGAGGUGACAGCGGCAGACAUCGCCAACGUGGCGCGGAAAAUCAUCUCCACGCCGCUCUCCAUGGCAUCCUACGGUGAUGUUGUUCAUGUUCCUCGGUUCGACCAAGUUGCGGCUCGUUUCAGCUGA